UCUAACAUACAAACAAAACAAGGAGCCAUUCUGCUCCUUAAUUGCAAUGGAACAACCAUUGUCAUUUCAAUGCCUUCUUCUCAUCUCUUUCAUAUUUUCAUCUUAUUUGACUGCAACACAACAAUCUUCAGUAAUUCCCAGGUUGAGCCCUAUUGGGGACAUAACUUUACACGACACUGCAGCCCUGACAGCAGAUGAUACAGAUACAGAGGACUUGAAAACGUUCUAUUUCAAACAGACGCUUGAUCACUUCAACUAUAGGCCAGAUAGCUACGCAACAUUUUCACAAAGAUAUCUGAUCAAUUUCAAGUACUGGGGUGGAGCCAAUUCCAGUGCUCCCAUAUUGGCUUACCUUGGCGCAGAAGAACCCAUAGAUGAUGACCUUAAGGUCAUUGGAUUUCUCAAUGAUAACGCCCCUUCCUUUAAGGCGCUCAUAGUUUAUAUAGAGCACCGGUACUAUGGGAAAUCGGUUCCAUUUGGAUCCUUCGAAGCAGCGUUGAAGAAUGCAAAAACUAGAGGGUAUUUCAACUCUGCUCAAGCUAUUGCAGAUUAUGCAGCAGUCCUCAUACAUAUAAAGAAGACACAGAAGGCACAGAAGUCCCCAGUGAUUGUUAUUGGGGGAUCGUAUGGUGGAAUGCUUGCUUCAUGGUUUAGACUCAAAUAUCCUCACGUGGCUCUUGGUGCGCUUGCCUCAUCAGCUCCAAUUCUCUAUUUUGAUAACAUCACACCAUCCAAUGGUUACUAUUCUGUUGUCACGAGAGAUUUUCGAGAAGCAAGUGAAACUUGCUAUGAAACUAUCCUCAAAUCCUGGCCUGAAAUCGACAGAGUAGCUUCUGAGGCAGAUGGCCUUUCCAUCCUUAGUCAGCGGUUCAACACUUGCCGUCCUCUGAACUCAUCUUCUGAGUUGAAAGACUACCUGGAAACGAUGUAUGCUACUGCAGCUCAAUAUAAUAAACCACCAAAGUAUCCAGUUACUGUGAUAUGUGGUGGCAUUGAUGAAGCCACCUUUGGAAGUGAUAUUCUCAGCAAGAUAUAUGCAGGUGUAGUGGCGUAUAGAGGUAACGCUACAUGUAAAGUCAAUGGCCCCAUCAAUGUGACUGAGACUUCUGUCGGUUGGAGAUGGCAGACAUGCAGUGAGAUGGUGAUCCCUAUAGGGCUUGGAAAUGACACAAUGUUUCAACCUAGCCCUUUCGAUCUCAAGAGCUAUGUGAGGGAUUGCAAGAUGAAAUAUGGUGUCGCACCUCGGCCUCAUUGGAUCACUACUUACUAUGGAGGCCAUGAUAUCAAGUUGGUCCUUCAGAGGUUUGGGAGCAACAUCAUUUUCUCAAAUGGGCUAAGAGAUCCAUAUAGUAGCGGAGGGGUUCUGGACAGCAUAUCGGACAGUAUCGUUGCCGUCCAUACAGUCAAUGGAUCUCAUUGCUUGGAUAUUCUGCGUGCAAUGCCAAGCGAUCCAGAAUGGUUAGUCAAACAACGAGAGGAAGAGACUCAGAUGAUUAAAGGGUGGAUCACACAGUACUACGCGGAUCUUGGCGCGCUCAAAGUGUACUAAAUUUGCAAUAGAAUACGAUGCAUUAAAAUUGUAUCAUUAUUAUUAUUAACGAAAAGUGCUCUUUUUAUCCGUAAAAUCAACAAUGAUUGUCCAUGAUUUACGGAUCGAGGUGUACUGCUCCUUUAUCCUUGAUUUCUAAUGCCAGGGGGGAAAAAUAAACAGGUGGCUUUUAUAUUAUCUGGGGAAAAAAUGAUAUAACUAUAUCUAAUUUUAGAUGUUUCUGCGUGA